AUGACUCUCCUCCUUGAGAGCGGGCGGUACAACUUCGAUCACGAUUUUGAUGGCAUCCAAGUCAAGAACCAUGUCAGCGUCAUCGCGAACAUGAGGAUAAAUAGCCUCUUGGGAUGUCCACCAAAAAUGGUCCUAGCUAUUGGAAUGACAACCCUAGCGAUUCCUCCUUUUCCCUUUCAGACCGCCAAAGAUGAGAAGUCAGAAGUUAUAUUCGGAUGCAAUCUGUCCGACAAGGAACUUUGCGACUGGGUACGGCUGAGUAAGCUACAUGAGACGCCAAAUGUUCAUGUUUUUACCAUUUCGGACGACAAAUGCUUAAACAACCACCCAUAUGGAUUUCAUCCUCAUCUCCACAAAGAGUCGAACGCCAAGGACGUCCAUAUUCUUGUGGAAAGAGCCAGAGACAUGUUGAAAUCUUACGGAUUGAAUGGCUUUGAUCAAAUCUGCUUUGAUUACUUCAUUGGGCAAACAAUAAACGCCUGGACCAGUACUAUUUGUGAGCUGGCCAAGUUGCUUAGUCCCGGUGGAGCACUGUAUAUGCUCAAACACAAAGAAGAUUGGACUGGGGAAGUGGGUGCAGAUGAUACGUUCAGAGAGGCCAGGCUCAAGGUGGAAGACUUCAAGCUUGGCUCCGAACACUGGCUCUGGAAUGCGACCAAUGCUGUCCCUCCAUGCUUCUUGAAAUCUUCCGGCAACUCCUCAAUUGAAUCUCAUCUCAAGAUAUCCAUUGUCAGUACAAAGGAAAACGCCGGGCUAUUCACUAUAAAUCGAUUUCAAUCAACCACAGAUCACCAACCGGCUGCCCCUGAGAUGCUCCCACCAGCAGGGAAAAGAGAUGCUGAAUUGGCGACAUCGAAUCCAGAUGAAAAUGGUUUUGAGAUGGAGUUGGAUAUCAAGGGUGAUGGCGCCCAACAUCCAUCUGACCCAUUUUCCAAAACGUCAGCAAAAAAGAUGUUAGGCACAAGCAUCAAUACCCAGGCAACCAAACGCACAACCCAGGAAGAGACAGCAGCCAAGAAGCCAAAGACGACGAAGCAGCCAAAGACGCCAAUGAAGCCACCAACUGCCCCUAAGCUGCCAACUGCGUCCGAGUCACCAACUGCCCUGGAGUCACCAGCUGCCCCAGCUACCCCAGAGUCACCAGCUGCCCCCAAGCCACCAACUGCCUCGGCCCAGGAAGAGACGGCAGCAAGAAGCCAAAGACGACGAAGCAGCCAAAGACGCCAAUGA